AGAACAAUGCCAGACAACAUGAAUUGAUAUGUCUCGAAGUGCAAGCUAUAAAACUCUUAUCAUUUCCCUAUUCUCAAACUCAUCCCAACCAAGAGCUUCUACAUUUCUUGUUUACUUCAUAUAUUUACUCAGUUUUUCAAAAAUUUCUUUCUCUUCCCUCAUAAAAUUACACAAAAUGAUCUGCACAAAGAAGCUUAUUAAGCUCGCAAGAAAAUGGAGAAGGAUAGCAGCUGCCAGCAGAAAGAGGAUCUCUUGGCCACGACCAGUGGCUAACGAGGGUCACUUUGUUGUCUACACAGUAGAUGGAAGACGAUUUAUGAUUCCUUUGGCUUGUCUCAAGAGCGAGAUAUUCAUCGAGCUCCUCCAAAUAGCUGAGGAAGAGUUUGGAGUAGCAAGUUCAGGGCCAAUUAUGCUACCUUGUGAUUCAAAUUUCAUGGAGUACGCACUCGCUAUGAUACGAAGAGGUGUAGCUGUAGAAUUGGAGAAAGCACUAAUCAUGUCCUUAGCUACCUGCAGAUACUCAUCAUUGUCACGAGAACAUCAACAACAAACUGAAUCACACUUCAUUUGUAGUUACUAGAGAAGAAAUUCACUGUCUUCUCUGUUGUACAAACAAUAUAGUAAAAUUUUGCCAAGAAAAUUAAUGACAGUUAGGAUAGAAGUUCUGAUUAAACAAUUAUUGCCAUUUUAGUAGUUUCUCUUUUGCGCUUCAUAUUAACUGCACAAGAUCUAUAACAAAAUCGCACCACUUUUAGGACGCUUCAACAUACGUUCCAAUCAAAUUAUAAAAGUUCAAAGAUCCAAAUGAAAAGGAAUAAUAAGGAUGCUUUCAAUUCCCAAAAAUCAAGGGUUUUGGAAUGCAUGAAGUGCUAAAUGAGAUGAUAUAUUCCCUGUUUUUUUUCCCUUGGUUAAAUGAAGUGUCAUAUAAUCAGAAGAUAAAAUUGAUUCAGUUCAUUCAUGGUGAUGGGCAAGAUAAAAAUAAACUUGAGUUCAAUUUCAAUUUCAAUUCACGGGAUUGAAUUCGGCCAACCUGAAAGGAGAAAUUCUAUAAACUAAAGAGUCUUUGAUUUACUGAACU